GAAUCGCCAGCACCGGUGGAUCACCAUAAUAUUUCAUCAAAUUCUUUUUAUUCGCUCUUGCGGCAUUCAAAAUUUGUUCAACUUGGCGAUUUUAAUGGACGCAUUGUUAUUGGAAAAAUAGUUCAUAAAAUGGCCGAUGAUUUAUAUAUUGAUUUUGGAUUAAAAUUUAAUGCAGUUUGUAAAGCACCACAAAUUCAAAAUGAGUUAUACCAGAUUGGGACGAAGGUGCUGGUUCGACUUCACGAUCCUGAAUUAUCGGAACGAUUCCUUGGAUCCAAUAAGGAUCUUACGUUAUUAGAAGCAGACGCCACUCUUCUCGGUCUUUAUCAUCAACGACCAAUCGUGCCGCGAAAUACUAGGAUAUCAAAGGGUUAUAUAAUAUUCUUUUAA